AGGAUGCGGCGCUGGCCCGGCCCGCGCGUCCGGAAGCUCUUUCUGCCGGUGCCCGGUCGCCGCGCCCUGCCGUGUCUCCUUGACCCGGAGCCGCUUCCCCUGAGCCGGCCGCUGACGGUGCCCGGUCCCUCCAUGGCUCCCAAGGGCGGCCCCGGCGGGCGGCAGCAGUCCGAGGAGGACCUGCUCCUGCAGGACUUCAGCCGCAACCUCUCGGCCAAGUCCUCCGCGCUCUUCUUCGGCAACGCCUUCAUCGUGUCCGCCAUCCCCAUUUGGCUUUAUUGGAGGAUAUGGCACAUGGAUCUCGUUCAGUCCGCAGUCCUGUACAGCGUGAUGACCCUCAUCAGUACCUAUCUGGUGGCUUUUGCGUAUAAGAACGUCAAGUUUGUCCUCAAACACAAGGUAGCCCAGAAAAGAGAGGAUGCAGUGUCCAAGGAGGUGACUCGCAAGCUGUCCGAGGCGGACAACAGGAAGAUGUCCCGUAAGGAGAAGGAUGAAAGAAUUCUGUGGAAGAAAAACGAAGUUGCAGACUAUGAAGCGACAACUUUUUCCAUCUUCUACAACAACACCCUGUUCCUGGUCCUGGUCAUCAUCGCUUCCUUUUUUGUGCUGAAGAACUUCAACCCCACCGUAAACUAUAUUCUUUCUAUAAGUGCUUCAUCAGGACUGAUUGCUCUGCUCUCCACAGGAUCCAAGUAGACAAAAACCCCACAGAAAUUUAUUUCUGUGAGAGACUUCAACUGCCAUAGAAACAUUUAAGGGCAGAAUAGGAAUUUUUUUUUUGUAUUAUGAGUGUAAGGGGGGGAGGGUUUAAAUCCAAACUGAUGGAAUUAUAUUUACUUUUGGUAUCUUUACAUGGUAUUAUUCAAUAUCCGAGUUAAUGAAUUUUUUUUUUUACUUAGCAAGGGAAGGAAAUGGGAGGGUGUGAGCUGUGACCAGACCUCACCUUUGUGAAGCACCACAGAGGGGUGAUGGUUCUGCAGCCCAGGGGCAGCUCCACAGUGGGACUGCCCAGCUGUACCCACAGCCCAGGCCAGAAGGCCCCUGGGUGUCUGGUGAGCAGCCUCAGAGCCAAACUCCCUGAUCAAAAAAGUGACAAUCCACCAUUUAUCAAUGUAACUGGAGAAGUUGUAAUAAAAAGGAGCUUUUUUUGCCAUUUAA